AUGUGGCUGCUCGUCUUCGCUCCGGUCUGUGUCUUGGCGCUUUCUGUUCCUCCCGCCAGCCCAAAGCAGGUCGAACUUCGCACACCCACGUCGAGAGUCGGAUGGUCAACAGCUCCCGAGAUCACGAGGCGCCUGUGGACCUCUUUCGCCACACUGGGCUCCGCAUUGGGGCUGCCUAUCACUUCGCCGAAGACGGAAGCUGCCGAAUCCUCGCCAAUCAGGUCCGAGACAGUCGAGGUGCCGGGUGCGAACGAAUUCUCUCCGUGGAAUAAGCCACGCAACUACAGAGCAUGCACGCUUACGAACGGGCUGCGAGUCCUUCUGGUGUCUGACAUGGAGACGAGCAAGAUCGAGGCCGCCUUCACUGCUGGUUUCGGGCAGUUCGAUGAUCCGCUUGAAACCUCUGGCGUGGCCCAUCUCACGGAGCAUCUGCUGCUCUCGAGCCCGGGUCCAAACGGAGCCGAGCCACUGGAGACAUGGCUGGAAGAGCCGUCGCGCGAUGGAGAUUCCAACGGUUUCACUGCCUUUGACAAUGCAUUGUUCACAGUCUCGUCAAACAUAAACGAGUGGCAGUCUGCGCUUGCCCGCUUCGCCCAUUGCUUCAGGCGGGCACUGCCCGAUGAUCCUCGCUUCCAGGCUAGUGCUGUGCAGCGUGAAGUGCUCAGAGUCGAUGAUGAGUUGAACGGCCGGCCAUCCGCAGCAGUGCGGAACUUGCAACUCCUUCGCCGCCGAGCAGUCUCUGGUCAUCCUUUCCGACGUUUUGGGCCAGGCAGCUUGAAAACCUUGCUCCCGAGAGGUCAAAAACGGCAGGACUUGGCCGAGCUGGGCACAGUUUGCCAAGCAUUCUUUGAAAGGCACGUCUGCGCUGAAACAUCCACCCUUGCCGUGGUUGCAGCUGUACCUUUGGAUGAACUGGAAGAGGCCGUGGCUUUUGCCUUUCAGGACGUACAGACCAAGGUCAAGAGCUUCAAUCGCAUUGCGGUGCCCGAUCCCCUGCCGGAAAUUUCUGAGAUUCCCCCCUGCUUCGUCGUGGAUGUGAGUUCGAACCCAGCAGUCAGCAUCACCUGGAGUAUCCCUUUCGCGGACGCCUCGGUCUCGGCCGCGUCUUUCCGUGCCUCGAAGCCUCAGGUCGUCUUGUCACAUCUCGUUGCUCACCAGGGACCGGGAUCCCUCUCAGCCUGGUUGAGAGAGAAGGGCUGGGUCUCUGCGAAUUUGGGCCCGAAAGUUUCCGCCCAAACGGUCUUCAUCACAGAAUCUGGGUUUGCGCUGUGGGAGAUCAAGGUCCGACUUUCCCCCAGAGGCCUCGCUCAGUGGCGCCAGGUGGUCGUCGCAGUCUUCGGCCUUUUGGCAGCGCUGCGCCACAGCCAGAGGAGAAGUGGCGAAAGAGACGUCUUGCGUGAGGCGGCAGACGAGGUCUCUGCCCUAGCCGACGUUGCCUGGCGCUUUCCUCCGCGUCCGCCGCUCGCCCGGGAACUCGCGUUGGACAUGAGGUCUGCGCCACGCCCGGCGGCCUACGUCUCUGCAUCUCGACGGAUCUUCUCCGCCACGGAGUGGGGUCCCAGUGCAGGCGCUUGGAGAAACCCAGACCAGGCGGAGAAGGCUGCUCGCUUCACCACUCCACUUGCUCGAGAGGCUUCGUCAGAAGAGGCGAGGAGGAUUCUCGAUCGCCUUCUCCCUCAGCUCGGGCGAAUAACCGUUUUCAGCACUACUCCGCAAGCGAUCACAGCCAUGCAAGAUCCGGACCUUGGACUGGACUACGGCGAGCUUCGUGUAUCCAACGCAGACCAGAAGGAGUGGAUUCUGGCUUCCGGAACUCCGCCUGACUGGUGGCAGAUGCCCGCAAGCAAUCAGUACCUUUCCAAAGCCGAGAAGAUUCAAAGGUCUUCGUUGCUGGCACCUGGGAAGGCUGCAAUGGGCAAGCCAAACAAGAAAGUAAAUGGAGUUUACUGGUCUGACAGCUGCCGUCCAACUCAAAUUCCGAUGCCGGUCUCCCAAGUGACUCCCAAAUUUGUGUGGGACGUUCCCGGCUGCAUCUAUGUGUCUGGCCAGUUCAACGAACUGGUGGUUCCUCUGGGCGAAGAGCCCCUAGUGACAUUGACUCUCUGGUUGCCUGCUGCUCGUGUCGCGGAAGCAUCACUGCAGCAGCGCGCUGCUGGGCGUGUCUGGCUAAAGUCUUUGCAGUGCGAAUUCGAAAGUCCCUUCUACGGCGCUGCACUGGCCGGCUGCCGCUGGGAGGUAGCAUUCUUCACCACUGGUUCCGAGCCCUCAGAAGCAGGCAUGCGGCUUUGCUUCCAAGGAUAUUGUGACAACAUCGUGACCUUCGUGCCUGAUGCCGUUCGUGCCAUUGCGGGACAUGUGGGCCCUUCGUCUGAAAACUUGGAGUCGUUGCGAAGCCUUGCCAUCGCAGAAGUUCCCGCACGUGGUGCAGAGAUGAACAAGCUGGUUGCCUGCCUCAAGAGUUUGGAGAUCUCGGACAUUCGCGGCGAGGUUGAGGCCUUGUGGACGAGUGUUUCGCGUUCGUUUGGAUCCUCGCAGGCUCUAGUGGCUGGUGCCCUGGAUAAAGAACAAGCCAGCAAACUGGUUAGGGAUGCGAUCGAGCUUCUUCCACUCCAUGUCGACGGCCCUAGCAAUCCUGCAUUGCGCACUUCAGAUCCGUUGCCACCAGCCGUGCUGACACGUCGGCCCUCUUGGCAAGGACCAGUCGCUCAAAGCUUGUGCUUGGCGUCGGGGCUACCGGAGCUGCUGGAUGUGUGUGGGCGCACUUGGCGAUGA